GCCUUUUAUAAUACAAAUUAUGCCAAAUGGUACAGGGUGAUCUGUUUGUGGUGGAGGUUUCUGCGUGUACUGUGAAUUUGGAUUCUCAUUUGGAGUCGAGCGAAAUUGGUGCAAUAGUGAAAUUUUUGAACUUUCAGCCCUUUGAAUUUUUCCGAGCGGUGGAAUCUUCCGAGAGGAACGAAACAAGUGUCCUCUUCGACGUCAGAUGCAGUAAAUCAGCCACUUUCAGAUGCAAUUCUCGGGAGCUUCAGUCUGCAUUCGAUACUACUGCGAUUUAUGUAGUAGUAGCAAGAUGGCCAAAAGCAGCAGACACGCCCAGGGCGGAAUCAAAUUAUCGCUUUCUCGGACUGGCCACUAUUUCUUUGAGUGGAAUUCAAGCAUCUUUGCCACAGAACACGUGUGGUAAGGACAACGUGAAAGUUUUUAAUGUGUCUGGAACUUUCCAACUACGGGACGUGACUGGCCGUCCUGUCGGUAACAUCGACUUGUCUAUUUGCCUGUCGAGGCUCACCGAAUCAUCGCCUAUUGUGGUACACCACUCUACUCCGUUUGAUGACAUUGCCUCACUGAAACGUAAACCAUUUCCGAAGGCGGACGACACUGUUGCUCAACCCAAAGCAGAGCAAAAGCGAUGGAUGUCUGUGUCUGUCCAGACGACGACAGAUCGGGCUACUCAAGUGUACGAACACUGGACGAUCGGUGUUCCGUCCGGAGGGAGCGAUUUUUUACCCAAAGCGGCAUAUCCACUCGAUGCAGAGGAAUUUGGACUCCACAAAAAAGAGGAUGAUGUGCGUUUCCUAAAACGACAGCCAAGGGAUUGUGAUAUUUUUAUGUUUCGCCAAUCCACCAACCUGGUUGAUCCGCUUGACAACCAUCUCGAUUUGGGCGUGUUGCAACCUGCGCCAAUUCAAUUAAAUUGCACAGCCGAUGCACCUUCGUCAAGUGGUCCACAUGCAAAUCGGCCAAGAGCAACGAAAAGAAAUCGGUUUACUGCUUCAUCACAGAGAGGUCGAAUAGCGAGUCACGAAAACCGAUAUCACGGUUCAUCGACUUCCGAGUCAUCAACACAUACGCCAAUCGAAUACGGUGACUUUUCACGCCCAGCCGUAUCGGAACGCAGCUUAGCGUGCAGUCCCCUAGGUGCACCGUCCAGGCCAAAAUCAUGCGGGUCGCACAUUCCCGCACGCAUUUCGCAACUUGCAAUUCCGCGGAAAAGGAAUCCGGCUUCUGCACUUUUGGUUCCAAAAGGUGGGUAUUCUCCUUGA